AUGACUCCGGCGAACUUAGCAGGACAGUUUGGAGACACGACCUACACCAAAGUGUUCGUAGGAGGACUGGCUUGGGAGACUCAAAAGGACACCAUGAAGAAAUAUUUCGAGCAGUUCGGUGAGAUCUUGGAAGCCGUUGUUAUUACUGACAAGACUACUGGAAGAUCUAAAGGCUAUGGUUUCGUAACUUUUCGGGAACCGGAAGCUGCAAUGAGAGCAUGUGUGGAUGCUUCUCCGGUGAUCGAUGGAAGAAGAGCCAACUGUAAUCUUGCUUCCUUAGGUGUUCAAAGAUCUAAACCCUCCACACCUAAGCAAGGAAGUGGAGGAGGGAACAGGAACAAUUUUAGAAUAAUGAGCGGAUUCCAGGCAUAUCAAAAUGGCGGGGGAAUGGGAACGGCGGCAGCAUAUCCAUCGGCGGCAACCUUUCCUCAUUAUUCCAUCCAACAAGGCGUCCCUUAUAAUGUUUACGGGUACUCUCCAUACUCCGCUGAUUACGCUUAUCCCGCCCAGAGUUAUUACAGCGUAUACGGUGGUACAGCAUCUCAGUAUCCAAUCUAUGGAACUACCACCAAUGGUGCCUCAGGGGGAAUGUCUAUGAUUGCUGCAGCUGCCGCUGCUUUCUACCCUUACCUGAAUUUUGCCGAAGGCACGGGAGGAGCUACUACUCCGGGUUACGCCUCCAGCCAUGGUGGCUAUGCAGGUGUUCAGUACCCACACCAUCAUCUCUUCCAAUAUUCUGCAACAGCUGCUGGUGCUUAUGCUCACCACUAUGGGGCUGCUACCACCCCAAUGUCACUCGCUCCUUCCACUCCACCACUGUCAUCAGUAUGUUUUGCUGUGCCGCAGGCGUGA